AUGGCAGCCCGAACAUUGGACAGAAUGCGCAAGGCUCAGUCUCUCAUCCGCGAAUGUCAUGACUGGCUUGUGGAGCAAAACGAGAUGCUACUAGCAGUGGAGAUGUGUCAAAUAGAAGGCAGCCUUGCACUUCUUUUUGAGAAAAGAUGUUUUGAAAAUUCGCCAUGUCCUGGACUUCAGGAGGAGGAUCUUCCCCGCCUUCCCCCAUUUAAUGGCUACCGGCGAAGAAACGGCCGCGGAUCCUACAACGGCUACCGCAGAGUUCAUCCAGCCAACAGGGGCGGAACGGAAGCCUCCACAGGUCGCGCCGGCGGCGGACAAAAUUUCCGGGCUCAGAUAACAGCAAGUACCUCUAAGGGUAUAACGAGCAAACCGAUUUGCCCUGAUGCCAACCCAAAGUCCCAUCAAGCUCGAGCUGCCGUGACAGGAGUAUCGCCACCAACAGGUGUGCUCUUGGAUUUCAACGACGACGUGGAAUUCGUCCAACUGCCACCAAGUGUGCUAGCCAACAUGGAAACAACACAGACACCCGAUCUUGGAUCAAAAGAAAAGGAGCGCUCAACAGGCUGGUUCGCUACCUACAGCAGCAAUCAACCAGCUCCGGGGGUCGAGGUCCGGCUGGACGGUGAUGAUAUUUACCGGACCAUUCCCCACACGGCCCACGCUGCCCCAGCAAAUCUAGAUACCCCUAUCAGCAGUAACUGUCCUCCCCCAGCGAUUGAAGGUGUUAUCUCAGUCUCGUCCCGGCCAGAUCUGCCAGGUUCGCCCGCAUAUAACAUCCUUGAGGACGGCUUUCCUCAUGCCUCAGAAAAUGACCAGCCAGUGAACGAGACCAACGAGAGCAGACAACGGGACUCCAAGAAUUGUGAGGAGUCCCCUGUGUUGACCACUACAGGAGGUGUCACCGAAGGCAUGUUGAUUAAUCUUGACGACGACCUGGCCGUCAUCCUUCCAGCUGAAACUGACGCCGGCACCGACAAUACUAUUCAUCCAGAAGAAAAGGAUGCUCUCGCGACUGGUCUUGAUUCCGGAGUUGAGCACAAUAAUCAACCAGAGGAUUUGGAAGAUGAUGAGAUUGUUUUCCAGGGAAAUGCAGCAAAGAUCCUCGGUCCGAAUUUCAAAGCCUUGUUUGUCAGUUCAGACGAUGACUCUCAAACCUCUCGCGCUAUUGAUCUCAAAGCGAUUUUUAAGAAAUAUUCUGAGGUGGUCAUCUGUAGAUGA